AUGAUUCUCGACACAAAGCAAGAGCAUCUCUCGGCGAGCGGGACACUGGCGGCUCGGCUCAACGGGCAUAAAGUUCACCGCUCACCUGCAACCACCUCUUCAACUUUUUACAAGAAUCUGGAGGAGGCUUUGGACGUCCGCCGCAAAUCCAACUCGCUCUACUCAAUCGUCCCUGUAGAUGGGACGGAAAAGCUCAUUGACUUUUGCUCCAAUGACUUACUUUCACUGAGCACCAGUGGUGCCUUAUCCAAAGAGUACCUCGCAGAGCUGGCCCGGCAUCCUGGCUUUGACACGAAUUCAGGUGGCUCCCGCAUGGUUGAUGGCAACUAUCUGUAUCUCGAGCAGACGGAGAAGGCCAUUGCCAACUUCCAUGGCUACGAGGCCGGUGUUAUGCUAGGCUCUGGCUUCGAUGCCAACGUCGCCAUCUGGACAGCCAUCCCCCGCCCAGGCGAUGUCAUGCUCUACGACGAAGCUUCGCACGCCAGCACGCUCGAUGGCAUGAAGCAGAGCCUUACAAAGCACAGGGUAGAGUUCCAGCAUAAUGAUCUUGAGUCGUUCCGCACCACACUCACCUCCAUCUUUGCGAGCCACCCCCUCGUUCGCCAAGGGAAGCGAACUGUUAUUGUAUCGGUCGAGGCCACCUACAGCAUGGACGGGGACAUAUGUCCUUUGCGGGAGAUGAUUGAUAUCGCAAGCGAAAUAUCCCGGAAUCGUGGGAACGUCCAGUUCGUGGUCGACGAGGCAUACGGUACGGGUACAAUUGGACCCGAAGGUAAAGGAUUCGUUUGCGAGUUAGGUCUAGAGAAGGAAGUUGCUGUUGUCAUGCACUCCUUUGCAAAAGGCCUCGGAUGCCAUGGCGCUAUCGUGGUUGGAAAUGCCACAAUCAGGAGCAUCAUUGCCAACUUUGCCAGGUCAUUCCAAUUCACCACGGCGCCUCCCUUUGCGCACGUUGCCAUGAUCAAGGCCGGGUAUAACCUACUCACCACUGAACCGGGCCGUGAAGCCCGCCGAAAUGUCCAGUCCUUGGUCGGACUAUUUUAUGACAGGAUGACGUCGCAUCCGUUGUGGGAAGAGGCCAAGAGGAGAGGCAUCUUGUCGAUCCCCCUCGCCGAAGGGUGGGAGGAGCGGCCAUUCCUUACCCACGUGGUAAUCGUCCAGACGCUGCAGAAGUACACCUACUGGCUCUACUUCAACAUCCUGUUUGCCGGCUGUAACGUCAUGCCGGUGUCGCAUCCCGUCGUGCCCGUGGGCCAGAGCAGGCUCAAGAUCACCAUCCACGGCGGCAACACGCAGGAGGAAGUGGAAAUAUUACUAGAGUCUAUCUACAGCUGGGUCGAGGAAAUAUUUGCCCUGGAGAGCAGCAGCAAGAAGGGCCAGGCCACGGCUGCUGCUGAAAAGGUCUAUGAAUGGAUGCGAGCACAGCACUUGUCUGGUUUUGGCAUGAUUUGA